UAAUGGUUGCCUGUGUGACCAUAAUAUCUUAAAACUGCAAAGUUAACUUGAACGACGUAUAAUAAUGACCAUGAUGUUAUCUUAUCAAAGUCAUUCGGUCAUCUGUCUUACAUUGUAAAGUGAACAGUUAUCAUCAUGCCAAAAAUAAUCAUACACACAAACUUAAAAGAUGAGGAUAUUCCUGCUGGGUUUGAACAUACUGUGGCAGUAAAGGUAUCCGAGGUUGUGAACUAUUCAACAGAGUGCAUAUACGUUAGUAUCACCAGAGGAGAUAGAAUGAGCCACAACGGUAGUAGUGAUCCCAUGGCAUUUAUAGAUAUGAUGACUUGUGCCAGGUUCAAUGAGAAAAACAAUCCAGGAUAUUCUCGUCAGUUCCUGAAGUUUUUCUGCAAAGAACUAAAACUGCCUGUGUCUAGAGUGUUGAUACAAUAUCAUGAUGCUCAAAUACAUGAUUUUGGAUGUAUACGACAACCACCAGAGUAUAAAGUUCCAGAAGCUUUCCAUGAUAGUACAACCUACAAACCAUAAGUCAGUAUAUCCACAUAAGAACUAUAACGAUUCUAGACGGUAGUGAUCUACAAAGCAUUAGCAAUAAAAUAACAUUUCACAUACACUAUCGAUUUUAAAAAGUAAAAUAACAUAACUUACUAA